GACAAGUGACAACGCUUCCCAUGACAUUUGGAUAAAGUCAUUGAUGUUUCGAUUUUUAUUUUGGUGAUGUUUGGUCGGCAUUUAUCCUCUAAAAAUAACAAAUAAAUAAAAAAUACGAGAAUAAGAGGUAUUUUACAUAGAAAUGCCUGUUUUACAUCAAAUAAGUGUGAAAGAAUUCAAUACCAUAUACACUAUUUAAAUUUUAUAAGAGUUUUGAAAAUGGCGUUCAUUUUAAUCAUGUGUGCCGUAUUGCUUGCAAUCUUAGCAGUUUUUCUUUUACGUGUCGUAUAUUUAUUAUAUACGAUAUUAAUGACCGACUGCUGCAUCCACAAAGACCCAUCUUUACGUACAAUUUUUUGCAUGGGCUCUGGUGGUCACACAACAGAAAUGUUGCGGUUCGCAGAGAGUUUAAACAUGAACAAAUAUAGCCCUCGCCUUUACAUAGUGGCAGAUAAUGAUGUCAGCAGCGAAGUGAAGAUUCAUGAAACAGAAAAAGGUCAAAAGAAUUAUGUCCUUCAACGAAUACCCCGCAGUAGAAAUGUAAAACAAUCUUAUAGUUCUUCGGUUUUUAGCACUCUCUAUGCUACUUUAUAUACAAUACCUACACUAUACAAUUUUAAACCUGAUGUUAUAUUUUGCAAUGGGCCUGGUACAUGUGUGCCCGUAUGUGUUGUUGCAUUUCUGCUAAGAUGUAUGUUUUUAUUGGAUUGUAGAACUGUUUUCAUUGAAAGUGUGUGUAGAGUAAGAACAUUAUCGUUAACUGGAAAGAUAUUGCAAUUUUUUGUAGAUAUUUUUGUAGUCCAAUGGCCUCAAUUGAGAGAUGUUUGUUUUAGAGCUAAGUAUUUUGGUAGAUUGACAUAGUUUGAUAAACUUUAUGUAUUGAUGUAAUUGUAGUACUUUGUAUAAGGAAUAAAAUAAAAAUACAAAAUUAA